GAGACUUGGGUCCCAAAAUUAUCAAGCUUCUCCAAUUCCAAACAUGGCCACUUUCAGAAAUUUAGUUUUCUUCCUAUCAUUUGCUUCUGCCAUUGCUGCAGUCCUCUGCAACUCAGAAGGGGAUGUUCUUUCUGCUUGGAAAUCCCAACUGGUAGAUCCAAACAAUGUCCUCCAAAGCUGGGACCCCACUCUUGUGAAUCCAUGCACUUGGUUCCAUAUCACAUGCAACCUCAAUAACAGUGUCAUCAGAGUGGAUCUUGGCAAUGCUAAUCUCUCCGGACCUCUCAUUCCUCAACUUGCAAACUUGCCAAAUCUUCAAUUUUUGAUCGUAAAUGACAACAAUUUGAGUGGGGCAAUUCCAAGGGAGAUAGGGAUAUUGACAAAUCUGAGAAGUUUGAGUCUGUUCAAGAACAAGUUCAAUGGGCAAAUACCAUCUUCUUUGGGAAAUUUGAGCUCUUUGCGCUUCUUGGAAGCGUAUGACAAUCAUUUUAGUGGAUUCAUUCCUGUAUCUUUUGGGGCCUUGACAUCUUUAAAUACCUUGAGAUUGGACAACAACAAUCUUACUGGAUCCAUCCCUUUGACAGUUCUUCAACUUGUUCAUUUGGGCAAUCUUCAGCUUCUGAACGUUUCGAGAAAUGCCUUGGCUGGAAGUGUUAGUCCAACAAAUUCAUCAGAGUUUGUAGUAACUACAAUAAUACAAGACCCACAAGCUCAAAAGUAAAGUUGAGAAAGGAAGAUGAAGAGACAUGGCAGAACCUUGAGAUUAGAAAAUAAAAACUGUGGGAUUUCUGUCUGAAUCCCACAACUCUUCAUAGAUUGUGUAAUAAAUAAUAAUAAUAAUACUGUCUAUAGAAACAGAUGUACCUGUUGUCAUUUCAUUUCAGGUUUUGAUAUCAAUAAAUCUUUUCUUUUCUUUUUUUA